AUGGGUGCCCCUCGACCGGCAGGUCCUCGACCCCUAGCCACUGCCAGCCCUAGGCCCAGCCCCGACCUUAAUUCCAGCAACGGAGGGGUGGAAGAGGAGUCCUCCUCUGCCCGUGCUCGUGGAGAGGGUCUGCCGGAUGGGAUGGGUGGGUAUUUCAGUUGGGCUUUCCCUGCUUCUGCUUCUGCUCCUUGUGUAGCUGUCCCUACUGAGACGAGGACGGCGCAAGAUUGGACGGCGCAGCAAGAGACUACAUAUUCGCCUCAACGGACUGUACUGCCACAACGAACGGGCAGAUCACCCAGACAAGAGCAAGGUAAAGGACUCAUGCACGACGAGCAGCAGUGGCUUCAGAGCAACGAUACAAAGUUCGGCACCCCUCCACCUCACGAUCAGACUGGAAUGACGAGCGAUACUAGCAUGCGAAGAGAGCCAGUAGAGAACAUGACAUAUGUGCCUGGCCAGUCCGCCCGUGCUGGCGGUGCAGCCCGCGGAAGCGCAUUCUUGCACAAAGGCUUCUUCGAUAUUCUGUCCUUGGCCAACGACCGGCAGGCAGGUCCGCAGAACGGUGAUGGAGACUUUGCCUAUCCGAACCAUCCAUCGAAGUUUCGGUCUACUGUAAGCAGAGCUACGGAUGCCUUCCGCAGGAACAGCCGUAUACCCGCACAGAGGCCCAUCAGCUCCCUGAUGCCUGCAGAUAUGGCGAGCAAGAAUCUCCAAGACAGUGAUAUUCUGCUCUGUCCCACACCUGUACCUCUGCCCUCACCCAGUCAAGCCGUGCCCGGGCCAAGGGUUGCGAAGAAGCGCAUCAGCGUCAAUAUGGUCUCCGCCCCGCGGCCAGAGUCCUUCGUGCAUGCAGCUCACGCCAGCGACGAGCAGGAAGCCCUGGCCAUUCUGCAGCGCUGGUCUGUUGACGACAUUGGUAAAGUGGCAGAUCCGACGUGGGUAGAGCCUAUCAAAGAGGCUCUACGCUCCCAGGCUGCCAAGACGCAGGCUGAAGCGGUGGCUCAAGUACAGGCAAAUUUGCAUGGCGAGUCGGACUUCCGCUACGCGCCCCGGCCUCCACUGCAAAUUGUCAACGGUCUACCUUCGACGUCGACCGUCGCUACGCUCGCCACUUUGGGCUUGCCUACAGCCUCAGACCUGGGUACUCUUGGACAGGAGAGCGGAACACCGUACCAGGGACGAACAGAUGGGCAUCAAGCAUGUGUAGGAUUCAGUACAGAUACCACGGAUCAAGCCACCAUUCGCAACGCUGACAGGGAGGUAAUAGCAGCUCUCUCGUCCCCCUAUAAGACACAAAGCUCGUCCACGGUCGAUUUUGAUCGUCCGCAACUACCUCGUACGAACACUGCGGGCACUACAUUCGUCGCAACGCCUCUGGCUACGCUCCAGGAAGCACCCGACUACAUGCAAUACGGCCAAGUCGACAACGACCAGACAAUUCGACGUACGACUGUGCCAGGGUUGCCGAUCACUACAGACUCUCCAGCUCCGCGGUUGGCCAUCAAUAAGCUCUUUGACCCUCCCGAGGCUCGUCCUUCGUCCGUCGUCCUCACCGAAGAGAUUGAUCUGGAAGGAGUCGCUCCAGCAGCUCUCCGAGACAGCCAGCUCUCUCGGCCGGCGGCAUAUACUGCCGAAGCUUUCCACAUCAGACCCACCCUCACCACGGUGGAGAAGAGCGUGGCUGCCAAGAUCUUCUUUGAGAAUCACUACUACGGCAUACUAAAGAAGCCCGCCGCUCGCGAGACGCGAAGGGCUGGUCUGGAGAGGGAUUUGGCGGCGUUGAGAGUGCCAGAGGCUAGCAAGGAGGCUCUCCGGCAGGCAUGGAUAGCCAGAGAGACGGAGCACCUGCGUGCUCUCCGGGCGAGAGUGAGUGCAAACUCUUUUGUCAAGCUCAAGACCAUCGGUCAUGGAGCCUUUGGUGUUGUUGCCCUGGUAAGGGAACGAGAGUCGGGUCAGCUCUACGCGAUGAAGCAGUUGCGCAAGACCGACAUGCUGAGGAAAGGCCAGGAAGGCCAUGUGCGCGCGGAACGAGACUUGAUGACAAGUGCGAGCGGUAGCGGCAGUGAUAGCCGGCGAUGGAUCGUGAACCUCAUAUACAGCUUCCAGGAUACGGACCAUCUCUACUUGAUCAUGGAGUUCAUGGGCGGUGGAGAUCUGCUCAAUCUUCUCAUUGAGAAGGACAUCUUCAAGGAGGACUUUGCGCGCUUCUACAUCGCGGAGAUGAUCAUGGCGAUUCACGAGGCUCACCGUCUGGGUUACAUCCAUCGGGAUAUCAAGCCAGAUAACUUCCUUUUUACUUCCAAUGGUCAUAUCAAGCUGGCUGACUUUGGACUCUGCCAGAGCUUCCAUUGGGCGCACGAUGGUGCCUACUACGAACAACAGCGUCGCAAUCUCCUGCACAAGCACGGCAUUGACUUGGAAGAUGCUGGCGGAGGAGCAGGCGCAGGUCGUCAGCGUGCCCACAGUGGGACCAUCCGAGCCGCUAAGGGAGCUGAGCCCGAAUCAAAGACCAGCGAUCGUGAUGCAGAUGGGACACCGCUUACACACGUCUUGACAUACCGCGACAAGCAGCGUAGACAGACGGCGUACUCUGUAGUGGGUACGAACAACUACAUGGCUCCAGAGGUAUUGCGUGGCCGAGGCUACGAUGGCGCAUGCGACUGGUGGUCAUUGGGCGUCAUCGCAUACGAGUGCCUCUAUGGCUAUCCGCCAUUCGUGUCCAAGUCGCGACAGCUUACCCGACAGAAGAUUGUGAAUUGGCAGCAGCACCUCAAGUUCCCAUUGAAGCCCAGGGUAUCUCGGGAGGCACAGGACUUCAUUGCGCGCCUCCUCUGCGAGAAGGACGACCGUCUAGGCAGUCAAAGCUCUGCAAGUGUAAAUCGACCCAAUUCGAUCCUGUUGAAUGCACGUCGACAGAGUGGUUUCGCUGGGGGCACUGCCACUAGCAGUAGUGGGCUCAUCGAUGGCGUGGAGGAGCUGAUGAGCCAUGCCUGGUUCAAAGGCAUCGACUGGACGACCUUGCACAAGCAGGACCCGCCCUACAAGCCUGCGUUGGCACAUCCUGCAGACACCAAGCACUUCGAUGACGACAUUGACGACGAGCCUCUACCUAAUGCCGCCACUGUCGCGGCCAAGGAGGCAGGUGUAGCCCCACCCACAGAGGUAGCGCGAGAUCCCAUGCUGCGCGAUGCGGCCCAUGGCGAGCGCUUACUGGAGAUGCGCAAAGCCCUCGCCUUUGUCGGCUAUACCUUCAAGCGACCACCUGGGUUUGAUCUAGCGGGAAUGCGCGAGGAGGACAUCGAUCAGGCAUUGGGCCUGGGGCAGGUGAACAAGGAGAAGAGACAGGGUAGCCGGUUGCUGAUGCCUGGUGCUGAGAGUGGGAGCAGGAUCAGGGCCAUGUCGAUGUGA